UGAAGCCCAAGACAUCACAGGAAGUAAGAGGAACACACAACACAAUGACAAGAAACCUGGUGAUCAUUGCUUUAAUAGCUGUCUCUUUGGUUUCAGCACAACAUAUCACUUUUGAUGGCGCUAGAUGUUUAUGUCACAGAACCAGGAAUACAUUUAACAUUCCUCCAAAUGUAAUUAAGAAUGUAGAAAUAUUUCCUGCAUCUGCUUCUUGUGAGCAUAUGGAGAUUAUUAUAAACAUGAAAGACGGCAGGCAAAUCUGCUUGGAUCCCAAAGUUCAGAAGAUAAGAAAUAUGUUCUUCAGCUUUCAAGGAAGAAGACUAAAGGAAUCAUACAUUGAAGCUAUAUAAUAAUAUUACAACUUCAACGCAAGGAGUUACUUUCCGAAAAAGUGGAUUUUUUGUUUGUUUACUCUUCUGUAUUGUGAGGAAAUAUACUUUUGAAUAAUUUGUAUCUUUUUCAGAGAAACUUAUUUUUUACUGCCCAUCAUAAAACAAUUUAUAUUUGUGAAAUAGAGCACUGAAAAAUGCAUCCUGAACAGUAAAUUUUAUUUUCGAUAAUGCUAAUUAUAUACAAGAUAGCUAUACUGUAUGACACAAUUAAUGCUGAAAUGAAAUACUGUGAUAAUGUUAAAAUUUAACAGUGUGAGAAAUUGUUUAGAAAUAACUGAACUUAGAUGAGAUAAA